AUGAAGUUUUCAAGAUUGAUUGGCAGAAUCUUAGUAGCAUUUAUAUUCGUGAAUGCUGGGUUGUCUCAAUUAAAUAAUACCGAUCCAUUUGUUUAAUUUGUAAACGUCAGAUAUCCACUCUUCUUUGAUUAUGUCCAAAAAUUGACAGGUCAUUCAUUGGAUUGCGCAGAAUUUUUAAAACCCACAAACUUUAUUAAACAUACUCCAUGCUUAAUUCAAACAAUAGGAGUUGCUUAAAUUCUGUUAGGAGUUGGAGUAGGAAUAGGUAUUCAAGGAGCAGGAUGCUUAUUGGCUUUGUUAAGUAUCAUCAUAACAGCAUUUGUACACAACCCCAUAAUUUAUUCAAACUUUGUAAAUGCUUAGGCUGAAUAUCUGAACAUAAUUUUUAAUGUCGGAAUAAUUGGUGCAUUAUUUUUGGUUGGAAAAAGUAGAAAGAAUAAAGGAAGUUGUGGAGUUGGAUCUUGUGUAGCUAAGCCAAAGGUUGCUUAGGCUGAGGUUAAAAAGGAAGAAGUUAAAAAGGAAGUAAAGAAGGAGGAGAACAAGAAAAAAGUGAGUAUUUUAAAUAUAUCAAUUAAUAUUAUAUAUGGGUUAAUGAAAAAAUAUAAAAAUUUGAAAAAUGGUAACUAAACAAGUCUAAGUAUAUAAUAGGGAGUAGAUGCUUACAAAAAGACUAGAGUUUAAAGGAAUGUAGGAAGAAAAGUGACUUCUACUAACCUUUAUUUGAAAUUAUUAAUAAAGUUAUACAAAUUCUUGGCAAGAAGAACAGACUCUCAAUUCAAUGCUACUGUUUUGAGAAGACUCUAAUCAACAAGAACUGCAAGGUACCCAAUUAGUGUCAGCAGACUUGUAAAAUAAAUAAAUACAGCCAAAGAUAAAACCAGAACUUUAGUAGUUGUAGGCACAGUAACUGAUGAUGCUCGUCUUCUUACUGUCCCAAAAUUAAAUGUCUGUGCUCUCAGAUUCACUGAAACAGCAAGAAAGAGAAUUCUUGCAGCAGGAGGAAAGACUUUGACUUUCGAUUAAUUGGCAUAACAAAACCCAACAGGAACUGGCACUAUUCUAUUGAGAGGUCCAAAGGUGAGAGAAGCCUUAAAACAUUUUGGCAGAGCCGCUGGUUUACCAGGAUCUCAUGCCAAGCCAUAUGUCAGCCACACUGCAAGAAGAGGCAAAGGUGCAAGAUGAUUUUUUUAGUACAUUAGGACAUUAAAAAUACACAUAUUAUUUUAUUAUAUUAAAUCAAAAAUAAA